UUCGGGAAGAGACCUGCCUUCCAGGUCAAGGCAGGAAAUUCGGGCUCUCGAAACGCAGGAAGUCAUGCGAGCGGUGCCUGCGAGUCAGUGGGAACAGAACUCACCCACGGCGACAGCGCCCAUAACUGCAUCCCCUAAUGAGCCUGUGGGCUGAGCAGCCAGCUCCGUCUUCCUCCCGGUGACGGAUAGAGAGCGACAGAGCCGAAGCCAGACUGACCCCUAGAAAGCAACAACUUCCGAUAAUAUGUACUGAUCCUCAAACUAAAUAGAAAGCUCUGGAAAGGAAUGAAGGAUGAAGCUCUAAAUAGAGUAUUUACUCAAUAAACAUUUACCCAAAGAUGAAAAGGAAUUCCAUGAAGAUGCCAUUAACCAAGAUAAUGGUGUUUGAUUUCACAGAGUAAAUUCUCUUUGAGAAGGUUUCCAAAGUAACCAGUCAUAUAGCCUCUCUCCUGGCUAUAUCAUUGAUAAGGCUUUUGACUACAUAAUUAGUUUACUUAAGUGAAAUUGUUCACUGUGGCAGCUCAAGAUUCCAGGUCAACGGUCCAGACACAGAGAAAUUUACGGAUAUCCAAAAAUGAUUGAGAUUGAACAGGCAGAGGCCCAGCUCUCUGAGUUAGACCUGCUAGCCAGUAUGUUCCCUGGUGAGAACGAGUUCAUUGUGAAUGACCAGCUGGCUUUAGCAGAACUGAAAGAUUGUAUUGAAAAGAGGACGAUGGAGGGACGAUCUUCUAAAGUUUACUUUACUAUCAAUGUGAACCUGGAUGUAUCUGAGGAAGCAAUGGUGAUGUUUUCUCUGGCUUGUAUUCUUCCCUUUAAAUACCCUGAAGUUCUGCCUGAAAUUACUGUCAGAUCAGUAUCACUAAGUAGAUCCCAGCAGACUCAGCUAAACACAGAUCUGACCGGAUACCUGCAAAAGAAUUGUCUCGGAGAUGUCUGUAUAUUGAAUGCCACAGAGUGGGUUAGAGAACAUGCUUCUGGCUAUACCAGCAGAGACACCACACCUUCCCCUGCUCCAGGAAGUACAUUCCAGCCAGUUGAUCUCAUUCUCACAAGACUGUGGAUCUAUAGCCAUCACAUCUACAACAAGUGUAAAAGAAAGAAUAUUCUAGAGUGGGCAAAGGAACUUUCCCUAUCUGGAUUUAGCAUGCCGGGGAAACCUGGUGUUGUUUGUGUGGAAGGCCCACAAAGUGCCUGUGAAGAAUUCUGGUCAAGACUCAGAAAAUUAAACUGGAAGAGAAUUUUAAUUCGCCAUCGAGAAGACAUUCCUUUUGAUGGUACAAAUGACAAAAUAGAAAGACAAAGAAAAUUUUCAGGUUUUGAAGAAAAAGUGUUCAAUGUUAAUGGAGCCAGAGGAAACCACAUGGACUUUGGUCAGCUGUAUCAGUUUUUAAACGCCAAAGGAUGUGCGGAUGUUUUCCAGAUGUUCUUUGGUGUGGAAGGACAGUGACUGGGCAAAGGAGUAUUGAAAGUAUUUUGUCACUGUUGGCCUUUUGAUUUUUCCCCCACUCUUUCUUGAAAGAUGAAGUAAUUUGGGGCACCUGGGCGCUUAGUCGGUUAAGCGUCUGACUUUGGCUCCGGUCAUGAUCUCCAGGUCCUGGG